AUCCCUUAAAAAAAUCCAUAGAUAAUAAAAUAUUAAUACUCUUGUCAAGCAGUUAACCUAAAAUUUUAUUAGAAUUUAAAAAUAAUAGAUAGAGAACUGAGGCUGGAAAGUAUUAUUCUUUAUCUUUUCCUCAGAUACUUUUCUUCCAUUAUGUAACAGAAUUUUAUUAGAUAUUAUAAGUAUUAACCAUUCGCUAGAAAAAAAAACAAAAAUGUUUGGGCUGCGGGCUUCUGUUAUGAAAUCAGCUAUUAUUGUGCCGACAAUGUUUUCACAACAAACAAGGAACACUUUUAUCUUGCGACGCAGAUGGCCACCACCACUUCACAAGAAAGGUGGUAAAGUGCCUAAAAUGAAAGGCAGACACUUCGUUUAUGACUUAGUAGAAGAUACUAGUGUUAAAAAGAAACCAGACAUAAGAAUUGUUUUAAAUCAAUUUGUUGAAGGAGUUGGAACAACUGGAGAUGUUUUAACACUACAUUUGAACAAAGCAUAUGAAAACUUCAUAUUGCCAGGUCUUGCUGUGUAUGCCAAUCCAGAAAAUUUGGAAAAAUAUAAAACCUAUGAAAAACGUCCUCUAGAAGAAAAUACUCACAGCUCUCCAUUUGUGAAAAGGACAAUGGAUUGUUUACACAGAUUAGUACUUCGUGUAACAAUGAGCAAUUCUGAACCAUGGACUCUACAGCCCUGGCAUCUCAAAGCUUCAUUUCGCAAGUCAGGCUUCGUAGUUCCUGAGAGUGCUAUUGAAAUGCCUCCAGUGCAAAUCAAGGGCCCAGAUCCAAAUUUACUCGACAAAGAAUUUUAUGUUACAGUAACAAUAAACAAAAAGGAGAAAGUACAUGUCAGAUGUAGAAUAUAUCACUGGGCAGCAGGUCAAGAGCAAUUACCUUUUGAAGAAAGUUACUGGAAGAAACCUAAACAGCCACUGAUACCCGAACAAGCAGAAGUACUUCAAAAAUUUCCUUACCAAAAUGAAUAGUAACAGAUUUUUAAAUGCAUAAAUAAUACAGUAAAUGAAUUGCAUAAACAAAUUUUAAUUUCCGCACACAUUUUUGCUAUCUUAAGAAUCUAAAUGUAAUAAAUAAAAAAUUGAUAUUUUGUUGACUGAAAAAUAUAGACCUUCAUACGUAGGUAAUAUAAGCAAAGAUUUAAAAUAUAAUGAAUGUUGAUUUUGAAGUUAUGUUAUUACACGAAAAGAGUUUAUAAUACAA